AUGAGAAUUAGCCACGGUGGAUAUGCACCACACGGAAGAGGAGAAAGCAUGGACCACCAUUCCAGGGUCAGAGAGAAGGUGCUCUUUCUUCUCGACCCGGAGCGGUGGCUCGGGAUUCACAAGGACUACGGGACAAGAGGGACUGUGAGCGGUGGGGAGCUGAAGAAUGGGGGAGAAACUGAACAUGAGCUGCACUGCCCUCUUCCCGGCUCUGAGAGAGACCCCACCCCGGAGAGCAGUCUAGAAGGCCCAUCAGGAACAGAAGCCAGGAACUUGCCGCCCAAACACCCCAGAUCUGUGCUCGUGAAGGUUUUGGAUUACCAAGUGAAGCAGGAGAUUUUGCAGACCGCGUGGCUGAAGGGACAGAUGACCCUGAAAACAGAGGAGCGCUCCAUGACUUCUGUUAGUUUCUGGACCUACGGGGGACAGAGUGAAUUCCCUGAAACUGUCUGGAAAUAG